AUGGGAGUAACAUAAUCUAGUUAAAAUGAUCAUUUAGAAAAAUAUUUAGGAUAAGAUUUUCCAGAUGGGGAAAUUUUAAUUGGAUUUGAAAAUCCAAGUAAUAUUUGUUAUUCAAAUGUAAUAUUAUAAGCAUUGUAUUAUUGCAAAGAAUUUAAGAAUUAAAUUUUAUAACAUCAGAGCUCAAUUAAUUAGAAUAAUUUACUAGAUUUAACUAAAUUGUUAUUCCAAUCAAUAUCAAAACACAAACAGAAGACUGGAGUAAUUUCAACCAAAAAGAUGAUGAAUUAUAUUAAAACUAAAAAUAAAAUUUUCGAUGGCAAGUAUCAUUAAGAUUCUCAUGAAUUUUACAUGUGGUUUAUUAAUGAAUGCGAAGAAUUAUUGAAGGAUAAACAAAAUAAUUGGGUUAGAUAAAUAUUUCAGGGAUAGUAAUUAACAUAAAUCGAGUGCUUAAAUUGCCAUUCAAUCUCUUAAAGAGAGGAAAUGUAUUGUGAUUUAUCCUUAGACUUAUUUCCUAAUUAUAGUUUGAGCACUUGUUUGUAAUAAAUGUCGAAAGAAGAACAGCUAAAUGGUUAGAAUCAAUUCUUUUGCGAUAAGUGUCAAUCUAAAUAAGAUGCUAUAAAAAGAUUAUUGUUGAAUACUCUACCAAAUGUCUUAGUAGUCCAUCUGAAACGAUUUAAAUAUGAUGAGAGAUGUGGGUAGAUGAUUAAAGUGUCUUCAAAGAUUCCCUUUUCUCAAUAAUUAAGUAUUAAGGCUCUGAAAUAAACAAAGACCUACGAAUUGACUACAAUCAUUAUCCACUUAGGAUAAGGCAUAUUGUAUGGUCAUUAUGUGUGUAUAACAAAAAUACAAGGGAAAUGGUUUAAAUUUGAUGAUGAUAAAAUAUCUCUAUUUGUUGAUUAAGAUUUACAUUUUGUUUAUGGAAGAAGUUAUCCAACUCAUGCUCAAACAUGUGCAUAUAUGCUGUUUUAUAAUGCAUAAUGA